CGCAAAACAGGCAAACUACUUCCGGUCCGUCUGUCAAAUCCUUCCGUCACCAACGCGUGUCGCCUCGAGUCUCGGUUUGAAUGUGGCGUGUUCGCAUAAUCGCCCUAAACUUAACGAAGAUCGUGUCCAAGGUGAACUUGUCCCAACCAGCGGGUGUUUCACGGCUUUUAAGUUCACGGGCCAACUGCUGCCGCGUGCCCUUCGUGGACGUCACUCGCGCGGCACCGCGUUACAUGUCGAGUCAGCCGAAGAGAGUCCGCGGGGAAAACAUGAGCGUCAUAAAGAUCGGAACUCACAACGGCACCUUCCACUGCGACGAAGUUCUCGCCUGCUUCUUCCUCCGGCAGCUGCCCGAGUACAAGGACGCCGAGAUCAUUCGCACCAGGGACCCGACGAAGCUCUCUGAGUGCGACAUCGUUGUAGACGUCGGAGGAGAGUUUGACCCAAAGAGGCAUCGCUAUGACCAUCACCAGAGGACCUUCGCAGAGAGCUUCCACAGCCUGUGUGCAGAGAAGCCGUGGGUGACCAAGCUCAGCUCCGCAGGCCUCGUCUACCUGCACUUUGGGCGUCAGCUGCUGGUCCAUCUGACGCAGCUGCAGGAGGGCGACCGGCAGCUGGAGGUGCUCUACGACAAGCUGUACGAGAACUUUGUGGAGGAGGUCGACGCCGUGGACAACGGCGUCUCCCAGUACGACGGAGAGGCUCGCUACUCGGUGUCCUCGGCGCUGAGCGCGCGCGUCGGCCACCUGAACCCGCGCUGGAACAGCCAGAGUCAGGACACCGAGGCGGGUUUCAGGAAGGCUCUGAAGAUGGUUGGGGAGGAGUUCCUGGAGCGCCUGGAGUACUACCGGUCUGCCUGGCUGCCGGCUCGUGCAGUGGUGGAGGAGGCCGUGAAGGGCAGGCAUCAGGUGGAUCCCAGUGGGGAGGUGGUGUUGUUCUCCCAGGGCGGCUGUCCCUGGAAGGAGCACCUGUUUUCCCUGGAGAAGGAGCUCAAGGUGGAGACACCCAUCAAGUUUGUCCUUUACCCCGACCAGAAUGGACAGUGGCGGGUCCAGUGCGUCCCCGCUGGACUCAACACCUUCCAGAACAGGUUGUCCCUGCUAGAAGAGUGGCGCGGCGUCCGCGACGACGCGCUGUCGGAGCUCAGCGGGAUCGCGGGCUGCGUCUUCGUUCACACCGGAGGCUUCAUCGGCGGGAACAAGACCCAGGAAGGAGCCCUGGAGAUGGCCCGGAGGACCCUGCAGGCCGCCGCCCGCUCCCCCGCAAACGGAGACAGCUGAAGGUUCAGAGAGGACACGUUUUGUUCUUGGGGUCCGUCUUGAGAGAGAACGGCCGGGACUCGGUCGUUCAUUUGCUGUUUUUCCAACUUGGUUGUCCCAGCUUUUCAGGGCUAAUAUUGUUUUGUUCUGCCUUGCCAGGGCGGCCUUGGACUUCUUCCCAAAAUAUUUUCCAACACAGUCUAGCUCUGAAUCAUAAUAUUGGCUCAUGUUUUCUCCUUUUCCAUUGUUCUGAAAAAUGUGUCAAUUAAAGACUAUUUGGAUCAAAACUUUCUUUUAUAUUUUAU